ACCGCCGUAAGCACGUUAGUGCUGAAUGAGCUUCAGUGUUUGGCUUGGUUUGACAAGUUUCCCUGGACGAUCAUGGGGGUAGGAGUGAGUAGUUAGUACAUCAAUAAAAAGUUGUAGCACGCUGCGCAAGUUUCAGGUAGACUCGGAGUCUGACGAUUUGACAAAUGUAGGGACGUGAGAAGUUGUCCAUGUUUUCCCAUUUUGAGCCAUUCUCCAGCAAGUCAAGUCUAACGUUAGCUACAUCGGGAAGCCAGACACAAGAGUAAAGAUGAACGGCCUGUCUUUUGACGAUCCUUCGUUGGAUAAUCUGGAUCCAACACUGUCGCUUAAUGACCCCAGCGAUAUUGACACGGCCCUCUUAAACGACAUUGAUGACAUGCUACAGCUCAUCAGCAACCAGGACAUGGAGUUUGGAGGACUGUUUGAUAACCCUCCAUACACAGUGCCUCCUCCCACCCAAGAGCUUCCUGGUUUGACCCAGUCCAUCACCUCACCUGCCCCUCCAACCACCACUACCACACCUCCACCUUCAUCUUCCUCUUCCAUCCUAAGCAGUAGCCCCCACCUGGAUGCACUCCUGGGCCCUCCCAUCACCCGUAGUUCCUCCACGCCAGACAAGGCCUUCCAGCCUCCCACCUUCCAGCAGUCCCCCCUGGCCCAGGUGCCCAACUCCACACAGAGGCAGCAGCAGCAGCCAGCCUCCCCACAGCAGGCUCAGAGCCUCAAACAGCCCCAGGUGGAGCAGCCCCAACCCAUUCUCAGCCCGUCCUCCCCCGCCCAGGCAGCUUCACCUCAUGGCUCACCAGCAACGAACCCAGUUUUUAGCUCCAUGCCCCAGGCCCUCUUCACCUCGCCUGCACCUCAGACUCCGACUCCUCCUCAGCCCCAGCUGCAGCUGCAGACACAACUUCAGCCCCAGUCUCAGUCACAACCGGUCCAGACCAACUACAGCAACCAUAUCAGCUACACAACUGCCAGUGUGAGCCAACCCACAGCCAUCUUGUCAUCAUCACCUCCAAAUGUUCAGCCAGUGACCAUCCAGGCUCAUCUCCCAGGGCUGACCACCACUUCUCCUCUCCUGGCCACGUCAGCGAGCCCGCCAGUUCAAACCAUUGCACCCCACAUACAGCAAGUACCUGUGUUGCUUCAACCCCAGUUCAUCAAGGCUGAGUCUCUGCUGCUGACCACUCUGAAGCACGACCCCUGCAUGGUCACUACUAUGGCCUCAUCCCUGGCCACCACCACCCCAGUACAGAGCACUUCAUUGCAGGCCUUUAUGGGUGGUGGCACCAUCCUGACCACAGUGCCUGUCAUGGUGGACACUGACAAGCUGCCUAUCAACCGCAUCGCCAUCAGCGGUAAGCCGGUGGGCCUGCCACACAAGGGAGAGAAGCGCACAGCCCACAACGCCAUCGAAAAGCGCUACCGCUCCUCAAUUAAUGACAAAAUCCUCGAGCUCAAAGAUCUGGUGGCUGGUACUGAGGCCAAGCUCAACAAGUCUGCAGUGCUGAAGAAAGCCAUCGACUACAUCCGUUACCUUCAGCAGACCAACCAGAAACUCAAACAGGAGAACAUGGCUUUUAAAAUGGCAGCCCAGAAAAACAAGUCUCUCAAGGACCUGGUUGCCAUGGAAGUGGAUGGACCGGCUGAUGUGAAGAACGAGCUGCCCACCCCGCCAGCCUCUGACGUGGGCUCCCCCAGCUCUUUCUCACACUGUAGCAGUGACUCAGAGUCUGACAGUCCGAUGGGGGAGGACACUAAGCAGCCUAGUGUGGGCAUGUUAGACAGAUCGGCAGCAGGAGGCAGUGCUGGCGGCAUGUUGGACCGUUCCCGCAUGGCUUUGUGCACCUUCACCUUCCUCUUCCUCUCCCUCAACCCUCUGGCUGCCCUGCUCUGCUCAUCCGGCAGCAGCUCAGUUGGAAGCCCCUCAGCCACUGCCACCCAUCACGCAGGAAGAAGCGUCCUGGGUGUGGAUAUCGCAGCGGACUCAUGGGGCUGGAUGGACUGGAUGCUGCCAACUAUACUGGUGUGGCUACUGAAUGGUAUUCUGGUGUCAGGGGUUCUGAUCCGACUGUUGGUGUAUGGAGAGCCUGUAACCAGACCUCACUCUGGAUCCUCUGUCUUGUUCUGGAGGCACCGCAAGCAGGCUGACCUGGACCUAGCUAGAGGAGAUUUUGCCCAGGCCAGUCAGAACCUGUGGACCUGUCUGAAGGCUCUAGGUCGUCCUUUACCUAUCUCUCAGUUGGACCUAGCCUGUUCUGCGCUCUGGUCCCUGCUAAGAUUCUGCCUCCAGCGCCUUUGGGUGGGCCGCUGGCUGGCUGCCAGGGCUGGGGGGCUGCGAUCUGACCGCCCCCUGAAGGAGGACGCCUGCAAAAGCAGCCGUGACGCCUCCCUUGUUUACCACCGCCUGCACCAGCUUCACAUGACAGGUAAGCUGAAUGGUAGCCAUCUGUCAGCAGUGCACAUGGCUCUAAGUGCGGUAAACCUGGCAGAGUGUGCUGGCUCCUGUCUGCCUGUAGCCAGUCUGGCUGAGGUCUACGUCUCUGCAGCUCUACGGGUCAAAGCCAGCAUGCCAAGGAUCCUGCAUUUUACCUCUCGUGUGUUCCUGAGCAGUGCCCGUCAGGCGUGCCUGUCGUCCAGUGGCAGUGUGCCUCCAGCUAUGCAGUGGCUGUGUCACCCGCUAGGUCACCGCUUCUUUGUGGAUGGGGAUUGGGCUAUUCGCAGCACUCCCAAAGAAAGCAUCUACAGCCAAGCUGGCAAUACUGGGUCUGUUGGUACUCUUGCAGUGGAUCCUCUGGCCCAGGUGACUCAGGCAUUCAGGGAACACCUCCUGGAGAAAGCUCUUUACUGUGUGGCCCAGCCUCAUGGAGAGAAAAGCCCCAGUCAGGGAGAGGGGGAGUAUGCUGAUGCCCUGGAGUACCUCCAGCUGUUGAUUAGUGCGUCAGAUGCAGCUGGUGCCACCUCCCAGUCCUUUGCUAUUGGCUCCAACAUGGCCACUGUAACUGGCUGUGACCCCCACUCAAAGUGGUGGUCCUCAGUUACCGUGGUGAUCAUCAACUGGCUCCAGGGAGAUGAUGCCGCGGCAGAGAGACUGUAUCCGACUGUUGAGCACCUACCCCGCAGUCUGCAGAACGCAGAGAGUCUUCUGCCCAAGGCGUGUCUGAACACAUUCAGGGCGGUGCGGGCUCUGCUGUCCAAGCCUGAAAACUGCCAGCUGAGUCUGAGCUACAGUGACAAGGCCAGUGCCCUGCUUCGAGACAGCCUCAACCUAGGACCACACUGUCACAGCUCCAGUUUAGACAAGGUUGUCCAGUUGCUCUUGUGCGAUCUCUUGUUGGUGAUGAGGACCAACGUGUGGCGCCUGCAGCAGCAGGGGGCCGGUCCUGCCGGGUCAGGGUUGGUGAGUAGCAGCGGCCCCCUGGGGGUCCACCAGGCCUCCCCGCCGGAGCUCCAAGGCUUUCAGCAGGAUCUCAGCUCCCUACGCAAGCUGGCACACAGCUUCAGGCCUGCAAUGCGAAGAUUGUUUCUUCAUGAAGCCACUGCCAGGCUGAUGGCAGGGGCCAGUCCCACCCGCACACAUCAGCUCCUGGAUCGCUCGCUGCGACGCAGGGCAACGCCCGGAGCCAAGACAGAGGAGUGUGAGACGCGGCCAGGCCAGCGGGAGCAGGCAGAGGCUGUGAUGCUGGCGUGCCGCUACCUUCCUCCCUCCUUUCUGUCAGCCCCCGGCCAAAGGGUGGGCAUGCUGGCGGAUGCAGCCCGCACCUUGGAGAAGCUGGGAGACAAGAGGACCCUCCACGAUUGCCAGCAAAUGAUCAUCAAGCUGGGCAGCGGCACCACCGUAACCAACAGCUAGAGAGAUUUUUUUGGGG